GCGAUUUAUAGCAGAGCCGGAGGGAGAAAGGAUUAUUGUACUUAGAUAAUUACAGAUCAUUUAAACUCGUUUUCUAUACAGACAACAUGAUGGAGCCGUCAGCAAGUCCUGCGAAGGAUAAUAACUGCAGGAUGAAUCGCUACAAGAACAAAGCACUUAACCUGGAGGAGAUGCGGCGCAGACGCGAGGAGGAAGGCAUUCAGCUGAGGAAACAGAAACGAGAACAGCAGUUGUUUAAGAGGAGAAACGUGGAGCUGCUGAAUGAGGACGGAGGAAUGUUCGACAGUCCUCUCAUGGACUCCUACAUCAGCUCCAGCACAGCAACCGAAGGAGUCAUCACGAAGGAAAUGGUGGAAAUGCUCUUCUCAGACGAUCCUGAACUGCAACUGGUUACAACACAACAGUUUAGAAAACUACUGUCCAAAGAGCCGAAUCCACCCAUUAACGAGGUGAUCAGCACAGCCGGAGUGGUGAACAGAUUUGUGGAGUUCCUUGAGAAAAGCACCGAUUGCACAUUACAGUUUGAGGCAGCAUGGGCGCUGACCAACAUCGCCUCCGGGACGUCCCAGCAGACUAAGUUCGUCAUCGAGGCAGGAGCCGUGCCCGUGUUCAUUCAGCUGCUCAACUCUGAGUUUGAGGACGUCCAGGAACAGGCAGUCUGGGCGUUAGGUAAUAUCGCAGGAGACAGCGCUGUAUGCAGAGACUUUGUCCUCAACUGCAAUAUCCUUCCAUCAUUAUUAAUGCUGCUGACCAAAUCAACUCGUCUCACUAUGACCAGGAAUGCUGUGUGGACGCUGUCCAACCUUUGCAGAGGAAAAACUCCACCGCCGGACUUCGAAAAGGUCUCCCAGUGCCUGCCUGUCUUGUCCCGCUUGCUGUUCAGCAGUGAUCCUGACCUGCUGGCCGAUGCCUGCUGGGCUCUGUCGUACCUCUCAGACGGUCCCAAUGAGAAGAUCCAGGCUGUAAUAGACUCAGGAGUGUGCAGGAGACUCGUCGAGCUGCUCAUGCACUCGGAUUACAAAGUGGCUUCUCCGGCUCUGAGAGCUGUUGGAAACAUCGUCACUGGAGAUGAUAUUCAAACACAGGUGGUGCUGAACUGCUCAGCUCUACCGUGUCUUCUUCACCUGCUCAGCAGUGCAAAGGAGUCCAUCAGGAAGGAGGCCUGCUGGACCAUCUCUAACAUCACGGCAGGAAACCGAGCUCAGAUACAGACGGUCAUCGACUCCAACAUCUUCCCCGUACUUAUCGAAAUCCUCCAGAAAGCAGAGUUCCGAACCAGAAAAGAGGCGGCCUGGGCGAUCACUAACGCCACGUCAGGCGGCACGCCCGAGCAAAUCCGGUAUCUGGUGAAUUUGGGCUGCAUUAAGCCCCUGUGUGACCUGCUGACAGUGAUGGACUCUAAGAUUGUGCAGGUGGCUCUCAGUGGAUUGGAGAACAUCCUGAGACUCGGAGAGCAGGAGGCCAAACAGAACGGCAGCGGUCUCAACCCCUACUGCAGCCUUAUAGAAGAAGCCUACGGUCUGGACAAGAUCGAGUUCCUUCAGAGCCACGAGAACCAGGAGAUCUACCAGAAAGCUUUCGACCUCAUCGAGCACUACUUCGGCGUGGAGGAGGAGGACCCCAGUCUGGCUCCGCAGGUGGACGAGAACCAGCAGCAGUACCUCUUUCCUCAGCAGGAGACUCCUAUGGAGGGCUUCCAGCUUUAACACCCCUGCAGCUCUCGGUCCGCCUCCCUAAGAACAUCCAGGUUUCUGCGCCCCUAUGUUUACUGCAGGCUGUUUACUGUGUGCUGCUGGCAGAACUUCAACACUCAGUUCGUUCAUCAAGACGUCAGGAGCUGGAGUUUUAGGGUUUUUUAUUUUGUAUUAAUUAUCCGGUUCAAUAGUGCCACUUAAACAUUGGCUCUUACAUUGUUUUCCCUUUUUUCUCCUUAUUUUUUUUGGAAAAUACUAUUUUGGGUGCACAUUCUCAACAGUACCUGAUAAACCUGAUGUUUCUUCUGCUUUAUGUGUUCUUAAAAUAAUAACGAACAUUAGACGGCUGUGGUUUAAGGAAUUUAACAAUGUUAAAGAAUUCUGGAUUGCACUUGUGGGUUUGUUUUCCUUAAACAUAAAUAGAAAUAAGAUGUUCAUAUAGUCGGGAUGGAAGUUAAAUAAGCUGAAUCUCUGAAGCCAUGAGAUGUUAGACGUUCUCUUCAGGCUGAUGAGGAUUCAGAGGGAGAAUAAUUAGUCGUGUACUGUUUGGUAGAUUUGAAACGGCUCGUGAUUUACAAAUGAAACGGCGAGCGCGUGCGGCCGAGGGCCCGGAUUUAACACAGCUUUAGCACCGCGUGUAAUCAAGGCGUGAUUGGUUUGGUGUCCGUGUAUUUCUUAGCAACGCAGGCGUCUAAUAUUAGUUUAGCUUGAGCAGUUUGGGAUUUGGUUUCUUUUGUGUUUGGUAGUGUAAGUAAGCUGUACAGGCGGGGUGUUGUAUUGCGACACCCCUCGGUUCAUGCAUGUUAGCAUUUUGCAUGGUUUUAUAUUAUUCUACCCACAGGCUGUGUGUUCUUUGCCAGAUCCAUCCUGUUUAUUGGCUUUCAAAGGCUGACAUUUCUUAAAUAAUGCAUAAAACGACUUAACCACAAAAGUUUAGUAUUUUUUUAUAUUAUAUUAUUUCAGUAUAGUUUGUUUCAAUACAGCAGUAAACAGGACAACACAAGGACAAGUUUAGAUGCAACGUUCAUAUUUCAUUUCCUAUCCGAGGGUCUGCUUCCACUGGGAAAUGCUGGUUUUGAGUUAGGAAUACGCUGGAGAGAGUGCCAACCCAUCGCAGGGAUUCAGCCAUCCCCACUCCCCCUAAACAGACAUGAUGUCAACAUUCAAACCCGGAUCUCAGCUAGCUUAGUAGACCUGCUGCACCACCCAAUACGUGUGUAAAUCAUAAAUGAACAAAACGAGAACGUGUAUAGGCAGUACAUAUACACUGAUCAGCCAUAACAUUUAA